ACUGGUAAUUUCAAUUUAGAUUAUCUACCUUUCUGCGAAAGAAGAAUAGAAAAGAUGAAGUGUCGUUUCAGCAGUACUCAUCAAAAUUACUCCAAGAUUCGAUGAUCUCGAGCAUUCCGAAGAUAAUGUCUGCAAACAACAUUCAGCUGAAAGUAUUGCGCACUUUGUUUUUCGUUGUUUGCGUCAUUGGAUUUGUUCUCCAGACUUGGGAAUUUAUGCAACUAUAUUGGCGAUAUGAAACUGUUGUCAGUGUUACAGUCACAAACAAUGAGGAAGUUGAGCUACCUUCUUUCACCAUAUGUAAUUAUUAUGGAUUUAUGUCAUCCUACAUUUGUAGUGAUCCGAGAUUUAGUGAAAGAUGUCAAACACUACCUGAAUUUGAGGAGUACCAGAAUUUAUGUGAAUGUUUUCAUCAACGGUAUUGUGUUGAGGGUGAAAUAGCAGAACCUCCAGAGAAGUACCCAACAAGAUCAAUUUAUGAGGAGCUGUACUCCAUGGAUUUCGAAAACUACACCAUGUAUCUUCAAGCGAGAGAGGAUAUUUUUAGCUUGUGUUUUGUGGGAUCCGUUCCUGUUNGAUAUUCGUGA